ACCAAUUCACCUACCUGCCUCAAUUGAAUCCAAUCCUCUUAUUUAGCUAUUCACACUGACCGCCACACCGAAUCGGUUGAAUAAAGUGACCACUUACAUAAUAGUCGUUUCGGUAACAACAUAACAAAAAAUAAAACUCGUGCGUACAACAAAUACCUCAUCCUGUUAGGGUAAUAAAGGUUUUCCAAUUGGUCAUGUGGCAUGAGGUGUAAUUGGAAUAAACAAAUUUACUGACCCUAAUCCUCGACGUCCAUUGGACAGAAGGCACGCGCUAUAGGGGCGGUACCUCAACCCAGGACCCUGAGGGGUGACGAGGGCACCCUGCCCCAUAUAAGGGUCAACAGGUAGCCGAAAUCCACAUUUCUUGUUCGAAGUCCCUCAGUGAAACUUGUCCCGAGCGACCUACUCGUUUUUAAAGUGCGCGAAUUUAAAAAUCGUAUAAGUUGACGAUGGAAUCUACCGACGCUUAUAGUUACCUCUACAUGUUGGGACCCCAACAGAACGUUACUGAGUGGUCCACUUCUUCGACGUCGAGUUACGACAGCUACCAUGAGCAGGGUUAUCAAAGCACUUCUCCAACUCCAUCUGAACGAAGCAAGAGCCGUGUUACUCCCGUGGUUUUGAGGAAAAGAAGAUUAGCUGCAAACGCCAGGGAGAGGAGGAGGAUGCAGAAUUUGAAUCAGGCCUUCGAUAGAUUGAGGACUUUCCUUCCUCAAUUGGGGCAAGACAGGCAGUUGUCAAAAUACGAAACCCUCCAAAUGGCGCAAACGUACAUAUCUGCUCUCUACGACCUCUUGGACCAGAGACAACAGUAAUCGUCUUCAAAUUGUUACUACUUCGUUGCCAGUUCCCAAAGCCAAAGUUAAUUUAGAGUUUAGAUAAAAUGUUACUGAAAGUGUUAUUUAAUUUUUGUAUAUUGUAAGUACAGUUCUCUUGAAUUUCUGAAGCAGCCAACGAUUAAUAUUAUUGUCUGAAUUUCAUUAUUCAAUGCAAGACUAAUCUCUUUGAAUGUAUCAAAGUUUUGUAAAUAUUUUUUGUAUAUAGUUGUUGAUUAGUUUUAAAUUUUAGUAUUAGAAGUUUACCGUAGCAGUAUUGUAUGUAGUAAAUUCAGCUGUGACUACCAAAUUGA